AAACCAUCCACUUCAAGAACAUCAAUUUGCUAGAGGAAGAUGGAGCUUAAUUUGCUUCGAUUAUUCUUCUUCAUUGCUUGCUUUUGCCCGACAAUAAUGGUCGAGGGUUUAGUUCGUCGCUAUAAGUUUGAUGUGGUGAUGAAGAACACAAGUCGAUUAUGCUCAUCGAAGCCCAUUGUCACUGUCAAUGGUAAGUCUCCGGGGCCUACUCUUUAUGCGAGGGAGGAUGAUACGGUUCUUAUAAGGGUGGUAAACCAUGUAAAGUACAAUGUUUCCAUCCAUUGGCAUGGUAUCCGACAACUUCGAACUGGAUGGGCAGAUGGUCCAGCAUAUAUCACACAAUGUCCAAUUAGACCGGGGCAUAACUAUUUGUACAAUUUUACUAUUACUGGGCAAAGGGGAACCCUUCUUUGGCAUGCACAUAUCUUGUGGUUGAGGGCCACGGUGCAUGGUGCCAUCGUCAUUUUACCUAAGAUUGGUGUGCCAUACCCUUUCCCAAAACCUCACAAGGAAGUCGUCGUUGUAUUAGGAGAAUGGUGGAAAUCGGAUGUCGAAGCGGUUAUUAACGAAGCGAUUAAAUCAGGGUUGGCACCUAAUGUUUCGGAUGCUCAUACUAUUAAUGGUCAUCCAGGACCAUUGUCAAAAUGUUCUUCACAAGAAGGAUUUAAACUAAGCGUGGAGGUAGGAAAAACAUACAUGCUUCGAAUCAUCAACGCUGCACUCAACGAAGAACUAUUCUUCAAGAUCGCCGGUCACCAACUAACCGUCGUCGAAGUCGACGCUACUUACGUAAAACCCUUCAAAACCGACACCAUAGUCAUUGCCCCAGGCCAAACAACCAACGUCCUUAUCUCCGCCAAUCAGGGCUCAGGAAAGUACAUGGUCAUAGCCUCCCCAUUCAUGGAUGCUCCAAUUGCGGUUGACAACACCACUGCCACCGCAACACUUCACUACUCCGGAACCCUAGCCACAUCCUCCACCAGUUUCGUCUCAUCACCACCCAAAAACGCCACCCCCGUAGCAAACAAAUUUGUUGAUUCUUUAAGAAGCCUAAACUCGCAAAAAUAUCCAGCUAAGGUUCCUUUGAGCGUUGAUCAAUCUUUGUUCUUCACUAUCGGACUCGGGGUCAACCCAUGCCCGAGUUGCAAAGCGGGUAAUGGAAGUCGGGUCGUGGCGGAUAUCAACAAUGUCACGUUUGUCAUGCCAACUACUGCCCUUUUACAAGCACAUUUUUUCAAUAUUAAAGGAGUUUUUACAACCGAUUUUCCGGGGAGUCCUCUUGUAGUUUUCAAUUACACGGGAAAACAACCGACGAAUUUGCAAACCGUUAGUGGAACAAAACUAUAUAGACUUCCUUAUAAUGCGACGGUUCAAUUGAUUCUUCAAGACACUGGAAUGAUUUCCCCGGAGAACCAUCCGAUUCAUCUUCACGGGUUCAAUUUUUUCGUGGUGGGAAAGGGCAUAGGAAACUUUGAUUCGAAAAAUGACCCGAAUAAAUUCAAUUUAGUGGAUCCGGUUGAGAGGAACACAAUUAGUGUGCCUUCGGGUGGGUGGGUUGCUAUAAGAUUCAGAGCCGACAAUCCGGGGGUAUGGUUUCUACAUUGUCAUCUUGAAGUGCAUACAACAUGGGGAUUAAAGAUGGCUUUCUUGGUGGAUAAUGGGAAAGGACCAAAUCAGUCUCUUCUUCCUCCUCCUAAAGAUCUUCCCAAGUGUUAGUGAUUGGGUUAAAUUGGUCAAAUCACAAUUUUGGUUAAAGCCCAAUUACAAUCUCUAAGAUUCACUCUUUUUUACUCUUUUUUUUUCAAUGUAUCCCCUAUACAACUUUCCCUUAUUUUUUGACUUUAUGCAAUGUAAGUGAAAGAAAGUGAUAUUAUUUUUUUUAAUGGAAAACAAGAAAAAGGUUUUAUUA